UCAGAGCAGGAGCAGCUCCAGGGACGCCGGGGCGCCGAAGACACGCCACCAGGAACGAUGGGUAACCAAAUGAGUGUGCCACAAAGAGUUGAAGAGCAGGAGAAUGAAUCAGAAGCCGACACUCACAUUCACAAGGUCACGUGGGAUGGGGACUGUGAUCAAAACGGCGUUGGAGUGAUCCUGUCUACUCACACAGUUCAGCACUACGAUGAAGUGGACUUGGGCAUCGGCAUUCGGGAGGACAAAGCGGCUGCCUCUCCCCGCGAGGCCCAGGAGGUGGACGCUGUGGCCGGGGCCGGCGGAAAGAAUCUCGGGCAGGCGGCCAAGCCCCAGGCACCAGCUGCUAAAUCGCGUUUUUUCUUGAUGCUCUCCCGGCCGGUACCAGGGCGUCCCGGGGACCAAGGCUGGGAUUCAUCGGCUGCAGCCGCCGGGCUGGAUGUCAGCGCAGGCCCGGCCCCCGCGGACAAAGGCCCGAGUGAGCACAUGGCACUUCCGGGGCCAGCUGUGCCCGGGCUCGGGGCAGAUAAAACCCCAGGGCGGCCCCCGGCCGGGGACCAGGCCGCCCCUGCCACCUGCUCGCCGGCGCCACGCCCGCCCCAGCCUGAGGCCGGGGCCCCCGCCAAGCCCCUGGACGCCAGCAUCUUCCACAAGUUCUUCACACUGGACAAGGGAGGGGACACGGCGCCAGGCGGCCACCAAGGACCAGCCAAGAGGGCAGAGCGCAGGGAGCAGGCCGGGGAGACGGCCCGGCCACCAGGGCCCGCGGACAGCCGCCCUGCCACCGAGGAGACAGGGGACAGCAAGGAGACAGAAGGACGAGGAGUUGAAACUGUGAGUGGCUCUGGCCCUGGAAACCCUGAAGACCUGGAGAUCCCCAAGGAGGACUGCCAGACAACGCAGACGGGCGAAAACAGCUCCAUCAUGAGUUUCUUUAAGACGCUGGUUUCGCCUAACAAAGCUGAAACAAAAAAAGACCCGGAAGAUAAGGCACCCAAAGCCGAAAGCCUGUGUGAUGGACAAGCUGGUCAGAUGACAUCCGAGAGCCAGGCUAAAGGCAGCAAGAAAAAACACCUGGACAGCCCCAGGCUAGCGCUGCACUUUAGGAAAUUCUUUAGGCAUAAGGGUUCUGAAAUGCCACCCACCCCUACAGCCAACCUGAAAUCAGACAAAAGUAACAUCACAUCCCAGGAGCCCCAAGUGACAGCCAAGAGUCCUAAAGGCUGUAAUGCCCCGGGUCACGGGCCAUCUGUGACAAGCAGUGACACACCAAAGGAAGGUGGCAAGGAGAAGCCGGGACCCGGUUCGCUGCCUCUGGGAAAGCUAUUUUGGAAAAAGUCGGUUAAGGAGGAAUCAGUGUCCACAGGGGCAGAGGAGAACGUGGUGUGUGACUCAGCAGUAGAGACUGUAAGGUGUGAGAAAGUAGAGUGCACCUUGCAGACAGUGGACCUCACUGAAGGCGAGGCUGCACCUGCACCCACACAAGCGAAGCUCCAAGAAGAAGAGAGCCAACCACGGAGGAGCUCCCUGAUGGCAUUUCUCAGACAAAUGUCAGUGAGAGGGGACGGAGGGACCACCCGCUCUGGAGAACCGGAUGGGAAAGACUCUGGCUGCCACACUUCCAACUCCACAGAGAAGGCCACCACGCCCCCCGAGCCGGAGCCCACGGGGACAGCCCAGCAGGGCAAAGAGGGGUCCUCGAAGGAGAAGAAGCCAGCGCCCGAGGGGAGCAAGCCGAAGAGCGGCAAACAGGAGGCCAGAGAGCCCGCCCAGUGUGCCCAGCAGGCCAGGGUGGAUUCGAACUCACUGCAGAACGGGGACAAGCCCCAGAAGAGACCUGAGAAGCGGCGGCAGUCACUCGGGGGCUUCCUCAAGGGCUUGGGACCAAAGCGGAUGUUGGAUGCCCAAGUGCAGACGGACCCUGUAUCCAUCGGACCUGUGGGCAAAGCCAAGUAAACAAACCAGCGCCGCCCCGCCAGGUUCUCCUCCCCCAGGAUGCAUUCUGUCAACUCCAUCCCCUGCCCUGACACACACUGUGUAUAUAUCUCCUCUUCACACAGCCGUCCCGUAGCCUCCUGCCUGCGCACUAAACCUGAGCUUAAGCCCGACUGUUGUACAUUGAGGUGUAUCAUUUACGUCUCAGAUCUAGUCUUUCCUAGAAAAUCACCAUAAAGGUGGGUUAGCGGGCCAACUAGUUAAAGCAGG